AUGUGCGCUAAUGAGGCUGCAGUGAUGGGCACUGAUAUGCUGCACUGAUGGCCACUGAUAGGGCACUGAUCAUCAAUGUCCUGAUCAGGGGCGGACUGACAACUCAUGGGGCCCCUGGGCAAUAGGGAUAAUGGGGCCCCUGUGUCCUUGCCCAAACUCAAAAAAGCCUAUGAAAAAGGUACCAGGGGCAUCUCAUGGGGCUACCUACUGACCCCGGGCCCUCGGGCAGUGCCUGAGUUUCCAAAUGGUCAGUCCGCCCCUGGUCCU